AUGAAACGUCUUCUUUGGUCAUGGCUAGCUUGGCCAUCAGAUGCCUGGACUCCAAGACAGGUUUCUCUCGCAGCAGGGAGCUCUGCAGACAGUACUGUGCUUAUAACAUGGCUCACGGAUGACGACCGAGACGACUUGGUCUCCUGUUCACAAGUCGCUGUGGCCGAAGUCCGAGGUCCUAUCGAGUCGGCUCAGCCAUCAGUUCACAGCCUUCAGGUCGUUGGGACGUGCUCGCGCUAUUCUUUGGGAUCAGCGCCUGGCCUGUUUGGGAACUACACAUCUGGACGGAUCCACCGUGUGCAGGUCAACGGGCUUGUUGCAGGUAGCAAGUACGCUUACACUUUGCACGGAGAUCUCCCCGCCACUACACGCAGCUUCAAAACUCUACCGGCAUCCGAGCAGCCCAAUUCGCCGUCAGACCCACGAUUUCCCUUCGUUCUCGGUGUGAUCGGCGACUUGGGCCAGACUGCUGAUUCAGAGGAGACGGUUCGACACCUGGAUGCCGACCGCAGUUUGCAAAUUAUACUUCAUGCAGGUGACAUGGCAUAUGCUGACACAGAGUCACGGAGAUGGGAUUCGUACGGUCUAAAGGUGGAGCCGCUAUCAUCACGUUUGCAGUGGAUGGUGUGUCCGGGUAAUCACGAAAUUGAGAGUGAUUACUAUACAGGAGAGAGCUUCAAGGCGUAUGAGUCACGGUUCGCAAUGCCAGCAGUGCAGCCUGCAGAGUCGCGUCCGUCCAAGACGCAGAUUGGCUGCCAGAGUCCCUGGCCGAGGGGGUCGCACCCAGGGGCUGACUGCACUCCGUCGAUUUUUUCUGGUACCUACGAUUGGGGAAACUCCUUUUAUGCCGUCGACGCCGGUCCAGCCAGGGUUAUUUCGUUGAACAGCUACACUGACACCGGACCGCAGUCAGCACAAUACAACUGGCUCAAAGAGGAGCUGGAAGCUCUAGCAAGAAGAAGGGCUGCAACACCGUGGCUGAUCGUAAUGAUGCACUGUCCUUUCUACAGCUCCAACGUGGCUCAUCAGUCUGAACGCCAGGCCAUCGAGAUGAGGGAUGCACAUGGAUUCGAAGAUCUCUUGCAUGCGCAUGGAGCGGCAGUUGUGAUAAGUGGUCAUGUGCAUGCUUAUGAGAGGACCCACCCUGUGUACAAGAACGUCACGCAACCCGGGGCCCCAACCUACAUUGUUGUCGGCGAUGGGGGAAACAGAGAGGGACAUGCCAAAGACUAUAUGCAUCAACCAGGAUGGUCAGCUUUUCGCAAUGGCCUGGACUUUGGGCAUGGACGCUUUUCGAUUGUCAACAAGACUCACAUGCUGUGGGAAUGGCAGACAAAUGAUGCCACGCAGCUACCAGCAUUGAACAAGGAGGAUGCAGCAAGACGUGCGGCAGAGCUGGAGCAGGCAGGUGCAACUUUCAAUGAAGACUCUGCCUGGCGCAUGCCCCUCGCACAGCGAAGUGCGGAUGACAGUGUUUGGAUCCACAAUCCAUACAGAGAUCCACCUCCCCCUCGCCCAGGCUCUGCUAAUGCAAGCCUUUGGGCAGUGGGACUAGUCUCGGCAUUCGCAGCCACACUAGUUCUCUUGGUUCUGAUUGCGCAGCGAUGCCGCAGAAGGCCAACGGAAGCUGACAGUGCCAAUAGCGCAGAGAUGCGGAGUGCAGGUUCAAGCAGAAUUCUGCUCGAGUCGUGA